GAGUCCCUGGGCAGCAUGCUGUGUGCCCUGCUCCUCCUGCCAAGCCUCCUGGGGGCCACCAGGGCCAGCCCCACCUCAGGCCCCCAGGAGUGUGCAAAGGGUUCCACGGUGUGGUGUCAGGAUCUGCAGACAGCUGCCAGGUGCGGGGCCAUGGGGUACUGCCAAGGGGCCGUAUGGAACAAGCCCACUGUGAAGUCUCUGCCCUGUGAUGUAUGCCAGGACAUAGCAGCCGCCGCUGGCAAUGGGCUGAACCCUGACGCCACGGAGUCUGACAUCCUGGCUUUGGUGAUGAAGACCUGUGAGUGGCUCCCCAGCCGGGAGUCUUCAGCCGGAUGCAAGUGGAUGGUGGAUGCCCACAGUUCGGCCGUCCUCAGCAUGCUCCGCAGGGCGCCAGACAGUGCCCCGGCACAGGUGUGCACAGCACUCAGCCUCUGUGAGCCACUGCAGAGGCACCUGGCCACCCUGAGGCCACUCUCCAAAGAGGACACCUCUGAGGCUGUGGCUCCAUUCAUGGCCAAUGGGCCCCUUAGCUUCCACCCUCCCCAGGUGCCUGAAGGAGCUCUGUGCCAAGACUGUGUACGGCAGGUCUCCCGACUGCAGGAGGCUGUCCGGUCCAACUUGACUUUGGCCAACUUGAACAUCCAGGAGCAGUGUGAGUCCUUGGGGCCUGGCCUGGCUGUCCUCUGCAAGAACUACCUCUUCCAGUUUUUUGUCCCUGCUGACCAAGCACUGAGGCUUCUCCCCCCGCAGGAGCUCUGCAGGAAUGGGGGAUUCUGUGAGGAGCUAGGGGCACCUGCCCGUUUGACUCAAGUAGUGGCCAUGGACGGGGUCCCCUCCCUGGAGCUGGGGUUGCCAAGGAAACAGAACGAGAUGCAGAUGAAGGCCGGUGUGACCUGUGAGGUGUGCAUGAACGUGGUGCAGAAGCUGGACCACUGGCUCAUGUCCAACAGCUCUGAGCUCAUGGUCAGCCAUGCCCUGGAGCGCGUGUGCUCGGUAAUGCCUGCCUCUAUCACGAAGGAGUGCAUCAUCUUGGUGGACACCUACAGCCCCUCCUUGAUGCAGCUUGUGGCCAGAAUCACCCCAGAGAAGGUGUGCAGGUUCAUCCGUCUGUGUGGCAACCGGAGGCGGGCCCGGGCAGUCCAUGACGGCUAUGCCAUCGUGCCGUCCCCAGAGUGGGACGUGGAGAACCAGGGCAGCUUCUGCAAUGGGUGCAAGAAGCUGCUCACGGUGUCCUCCCACAAUCUGGAGAGCAAGAGCACCAAGCGAGACAUCCUGAUGGCCUUCAAGGGUGGCUGCAGCAUCCUGCCACUGCCCUAUAUGAUCCAGUGCAAGCACUUCGUCACCCAGUACGAGCCCGUGCUCAUCGAGAGUCUCAAGGACAUGAUAGACCCCGCGGCUGUGUGCAAGAAGGUGGGGGCCUGCCACGGCCCCAGGACCCCACUGCUGGGCACCGACCAGUGUGCCCUGGGCCCAAGCUUCUGGUGCAGGAGCCAGGAGGCCGCCAAGCUGUGCAACGCUGUGCAACACUGCCAGAAGCACAUAUGGAAAGAGACGCCCCUCCACGCUGGGGAACACGCAUGACCAUGGCCGCCAGAGACCCAGAGCCUGCUAGCAAGGCCCAUGCGGUGGGUGCUUUCCCCGUCCCCAUUUCACAAAUGAAAAACUGAGGCUCCGAGGAGGGAGGCUGGGAAGAAGCAGAGGUGAAGUUCCAAGCCAGGUAUUCCUGAUCCCGAAAGCCUCUCUUAACUGUGCUGCACAGCUUUGCCCUCAAAAGCAUCUCUACUGGAC